GUCCUUCCAGCUUGCCGGGAGGCUCAAGGCUUCCCAGGAGAUUCUAGCGGAGGGCCACAAAGUCAAAUCCUGGAAGUUAUGGGUGUGGAUUCUGGGACAACAGCUUACCGGCGCUCUGGUGUUCUGGCCUGGUCUUUUCCACGCAAGCCUGUCGAUCGUCAUGCUGCUCCUCCUGGCGGCGCCUGCCCUCCAUAGGUCUGGUACUUUCGUUUCCUGGACGUUCGAUGCGAGGGACUUGUCUCUGCACAUGAUGUUCCCCAGGGACUACUCCGCCUUUGGCCUUGCCCAGGAGCAGCGGCCAGCAAGAUGGUUCAUAGCCAUUUCAGUGCUGCUGCGGCUUGGCGGGUUCUUGUCGGUAUACCCAAUGUUCAUGGCCAUGCACAUGUUCGGCUACACGCCCGAAAUUAUGGCACAAGCUGCGCGGAAUGCUGAUGAACAGCAGGCGGCUACUGAGAUAAAUGGUGCAGCGCCAUAUGCCGCCGCGAUGGCUCUUGGAGUUUUGUUUUGUUUCUCUGGCUGUGGAAUCUGUGGAUGCUGUUUCCUUUCUCGGUGCUUCUGUGUGGGAAACGAUUUCUCUGGUGCUGCAGAAGCAGAUCCCGACUUGCAGCAGCGAGUUGAAGACAGGGCUAGGGACUUGUCUGAUCAAAUGUACAAAUCGGAGCUGAAGCCCGCGUUCAAAGAGUAUGUGAUGCUGCAUGUCGACAUGCUACUUUUCGUUUGGGAUUUGGUGUCGGAUGGACUCGCAGCGUGGAAAUUCUUCGAAUUGGAACUAUACGGAUUCUUUGCGUUCCAAACCGCCAUCAUGUUCAUGGCCUUGUGGGAAGAAACUCGGGUGGUCCGGCGGCUGGGAAAUGUGCAGACAGUAUACUGCGCGGUUGCUGAGUCCAGUAUGCGAGGGUGGCCGACAGAUAUCCUGCUUGCCAUUAUGAUGCAAGAGAAGAUGAUUGAGGCAAUACCCUCGUCGAUACUGUUUGGUUUUGCAUCUGUCUACUUGCCACAGAGUGGAGGACGCCAGCUCUUGGGGCACGACAUUUCGUAUUUGUUGUAUCUGAUCAGUCUCUUCAAGACCUUCACGAGCAUGUAUAACUCCACAAAGGCUGCAUACGUACUUAUGCAUCUAGAUCUAGGUCGACACAUUGCCGCGGCUGUGGAGCGCCUGGGAUUGCCAAGCGCUGAAGGCCCGGCGCGGGCUGCAGGCAUGCCUGCGCAAGUUGGUCCAAGCCAUCGACAAGGACCUCCAGCUGAUUUAGUGGGACCUCCAGGGCUUGCUAACUACUCAGCACUACCAGGAAUUGCACCUCCACCCACUGCUCCCCCAGCCUUUCCACCAACUACUCCGCAGCACGAGGCUCCUGCGCAGCUACCCGGUGCUUCCCGAAAAGCCGCUCCCAGAGUUUUAAUUCGGCCCUCGAUUCUGUCCUCCAGUCAAAGGCCUUCCAUGGCUGCAUUGCCACCUAUCCAGGUUGGAGCACCAAGGCGUCCUGUCGACAAGGAGUGA